AUGGUCCAUGCUGUGAUCUGCCCUGUCUCUAGUUCGCAAACCAAACAAGAGCUGAUCUACCUUGAUUUUCAGGGCAGCUUUGGUGUAGAAGGAGAUGUCGAGGUGAUGGAUGUUGCAAUUGGUGACAUAACAUUUGAAAAGGACACUGCGCUUCUUGUCAUUGGACAUCAACGACUAGAAGGGAAACGUGUUGGACUCACAAAACCGUUUGCGGUUAUUAAGAAGAGAACAACAGGUUUUGAGGAUGCCAUGGAAACGGACGGUGGCUUUGCUGCUGCGGCAAGCUACGAUGUGGUUUGCUUGAUUCGAGAAAAAUAUGUGUUCUCGAACCGACCUGGACUAAUUGUCCAAGAGAACCAUCGAGGUCUUGGAAGAAUUGGAUUUAACAAAUAA